GUUUACUUUUUUGUUUUUGUUCAAUGGCAACCCCACAGUCACCGUCGCCCAUGGCGGCCAGCAGUGGAGGCGACUCUGAGGUCGGCAAGCUUCAGAAGCACUUGUCGCUGCUUCGUGAGCAGUAUGUCAAGCUGCAGGCGCGGCUGGCCGAGGUCGAGAAGGCGCACGCGGCUGCGUCCACCGCUGCAGGGCAGAUUGGCGUCGACCACUUUGUGCCGCGGCUCCUGCGCACCGUCGAGGAGCUCUUCGACAAGGACACGUACAGUGACAUCAAAAUCAACUUGGCUGGUCGAAUCAUCCCCGGUCAUCGACUUGUGCUGGCUGCACGCGGUGGCAAUUGGGGCGUGACGGACCUCGCCCAGGUCACUGAACUCACGCUCGCGGAUCUGCCCCACGAAGUCGGAUGGGCCCUGCUCAAGUGGGUCUACACCGACCGCGUCGACAUUCGCCCAGACAUUAACUUUACCAUCGAGGUGAUGCGAGCUGCCCAUCGCUUCCGGCUCGAGCCGCUGAAAAUCCGCUGUGAGCACGCCCUCAUGGCUCUCGCGAACGUCUCGAACUGCACAUCGCUCUUCCGCUACGCGGACGAAGCGGGUGCCCAGGACCUCCGCCGAACUUGCUUGCAGCUGAUUCUCACGUACUGGACGCAAAUCGACCCCGCCCAGUUUGACACAAUGCCCGCGCCCUUGCUGUUUGAAGUGUUCAAGCAAAUCACCGCCUUCACCCUGCACCUGGCCGUGUCUCGUGGUCGUGAAGAUGUCGUCUUUCUCUUUUUGAUUGAGAAUGACACGAAUGUUGUCGAAAAGAUCAACGAGGUUGACGAGAAGGGCGAUGUUGCCCUGCAUCUUGCGCUGCUCGGUCGCCACGAGAGCAUUGCAGAGACGCUCGUUGAUCAUGGCUGCGACGUGGACUCGCCGCAAGCCACCACCAACAAGACACUGCUCCAUCGCGCGCUCGAGCGCAAGGACGAGACUACCGCAGCCUUCCUCGUCUCGCACGGCGCGAGCGUGAAUGCCGUCACCUCUGCGGCCACCGGUAGCACCACCCCGCUGCACAUUGCGUCCAAGCUCAAUCUUCCCGUGACUGCAAAGCUGCUCAUCAACUCUGCUGCCAACGUGAAUGCACAGGAUGCAUCUGGUGCGACCGCACUCCACGUUUCGAUUGGCGCCGGCUUUGCCGAGAUUGUCAACGCGCUGCUCGCGGCCCCGGCCAUUGAUCUCAGUCUGAAGGACAACCUCGAGCGCACCACUCUGUGGCUGGCAUUGGUUCAGCGCAACGAACAGCUUGCGUCGACACUGGUGGCUGCAGGCUGCGAUACGAACGCCCCCGACAAUCUUCGCAACACGCUUCUUCACCAUGCCAUUCAAUGCCAGUACACGGCCGCUGCCUUGUUUCUCAUCAGCAACGGCGCAUCUGUUGACGCGGCGAACGCAGCCGGAACCACUCCACUCCACUUGGCUGCCUUGUUUGCCUACGCGGAAUUGGCCACGACCUUGCUGAACGCGGGUGCCAAGGUCAACGUGCGCGACAGCAAAGGCCGCACGCCGCUCCACAACGCCAUUCGCGGAGACAAUGGUUCUCAGCCGUUGGGCUUCCCGGCCACGCCAGUCCAUGUCUCGGAUGCCCCUCGCCGCGCCACUGGACCCACCAACCCUGCUUCCGAAGAUGUCGCGCGACGCCUCAUCCGCCAUGCUGGUGUUGAUUUGAAUGCACGUGACGAGGAGGACAACACGCCACUCGGACUUGCCCUCCUGCUCCAAGCCAAAACGAUCGCCACGGCGCUUGUGGAAGCUGGGGCCGACAAGGAGUGCGUUUCUGCCCAGGGUGGCUACACUCUGCUGCACCAGGCCAUUCUCCGCAAAGAUGCCGGUGCCGCGCGCUUCCUGCUCGAGGCUGGAAGCUCGAUCAACUCAAAGACUGGCUCAAACCAGUCGCCGCUCAUGCUGGCCAUUACCAACGAGAUUGGGCCGGUUGUCGAAGUGCUCUGCUCGAUGGGCGCCGAUCCCAACGGAUUUGACAAUGCUGGCAACACUGCCUUGUGGACGGCUCUGACACUGCGUCAGGCCGAUGUCGCGUCCACGCUCGUCAAGUAUCGUGCCGAUGUCGACGCGAUGAACGCACAGGGCGAAGCGCUCUUGCAUUCCGCCAUCCGAAAGCGAGACAGCUUUAUCGCAACCUUCCUCAUUGGCAAUGGCGCCAAGGUGAACGCUCGCUCGUCCAAGGGCCAAUGCACUCCUCUGCACCUGGCGGCUGAACAAGGCCUGGAGGAUGUCUGCGUGUUUUUGCUGCAGAACGGCGCUGACAUCAACGCGCAGGAAUCGCAAGGUCUGACUCCCUUGCACGUUGCGGUCGAAAGCCGCCACCCGACCAUUGUGCAGUGUCUCUUGCACCAGAACGGCGUGGACCUCACCAUCGUUGAUGGGCUCGGGGCCACUCCCUUUGCGACUGCCUUGAACACCAAGGACCUCGAUAUUUCCGCCUUGAUCUUGUCGGUUGACGCGUCGGUGGCCGAGCAGGCGGACGACCGUGGCCGCAACUUUUUGCAUCAGGCGAUCGCUGAAAACGACGUGGAUCGGGUUCUCUUUUUGAUUGAGCUCAAGGUGGACGUCAACUCGCGCGUCCAAGACGCCGAGCACCUCACACCCUUGUUCCUGGCAGUUCGGCUCGGCGCCGAGGCCAUCUGCAAGCACUUGAUCCAAGCCGGCGCCGAUGUCAACGCUCGCGACGGACACGAUUCAGACGCGCUGCAUGUUGCCUGUUCGCUCAACCUCGCAACGGUGGUCAACUUGCUCGUGGAAGCUGGCGCUGAUCUCACCGCCGUUGAUUCGGAUCGCCGGACCGCCUUACAUCUCGCAGUGGCCAACCAGCACAUCAACGUGGUGCGCCGCCUCGUCAAGGAAAGCGCUGUGGACCUGAACGCGCGCGACGCCAAGUCGCAAACAGUGCUGCACGUGCUUGCGGCUGGUGCGGCUCAAAAUGCCAUCGCGCUGCUGGAUGUGCUCCUGCAGUUUGCCGGCGGAUCGCUCGACAUUAAUGCGGUCGACAUUGACGGCAACACCCCUCUCUUCUAUGCGUUCGGUGUUGGUCAUGAGCUUCUUUGCGUGGCGCUCGUCAAGGCUGGAGCCCAAAUCGGACUGCAGAACAAGGCUGGCAAGUCGGUGAUGGACGAGGCGAACAAGGGCCGCAUCCAACGCAAGAUUAUUGAUGCCGUUCCCGCCGUGUUGACCUGGCUUGAUGGCAAAGCAUGUCAGAACUGCAACGACAAAUUCUCUGUUAGCAAGCGAAAACAUCACUGCCGACACUGCGCCCGCGUGCUGUGCAGCAAGUGCUGUCCAUCGGACAAGGAAGUUUUGCUGGCCAAGUUUGACGAGAAGAAGCCGGCUCGUGUCUGCGACGCUUGCCACGAAGUGUUGUCGGCUCCGUUCUAGUUUUGAAACUAGCAAUCCGAGUUGGGGUUGUAUUGAUUUGAUUCUGCAGCUGCAUAUUUUUUUUUCAGCGGGUGUCACACUUUUCGGCCCUGUAAACAUGUAUAGAAUUGGAUGGUUGCUCGAAAAUCCAAACCCA